CCAAAACCUAAAAAGCGCAAGUCACGCGGGAAGGCUAGUAUAGACUCGCGAAGGUCAUCAACUCAGAGUGAGGCUUCAACUGUGAUCUCAAACAUGGGCACUGGGCAAUAUAUGUGCGAAUGGGCAUUAUGUCAAAGGUUUUUUGAAACCCCAGCUGGUGUUCUUAACCACAUCAGUAAACUCCAUCUCUCUGCCAUUGUCAAUGAUGGCACUUGUAUGUGGGAAGGCUGCGAUGGCCUCAGGAGGAAGAAGUGGUCUCUAUACACACACAUACAGGACCGCCACUGCACCGAGCAUGCACUGAAGGCUGCAGCUUUGCGUCGUCAACAGCUCCAGAAUGUGCCAGGAGGUGGGGGGUUGAUCCCCCAGGGUGUCAAUGCUGGCCCCACUCCUCCCGCCCCUGUAUACCCGCAUGAUGCAGCCAUACAAGCCAUUAGGAGAUUCUCAAUCAAACCACCUUAUCCUGAACUGAUGGAACCAAAAGAGGGCCCUGUCACUAAACAUAUCCGUUUAACGUCGUCAUUGAUUCUGCGUAAUCUCGCCCGAUAUUCAGCAGUUGGAAGAACUUGCAUCAAGAGACAUGAGGGACAGCUGGCUUAUGUUGCUCUAAGUCCUGUGGAAUCAUCUACUGCCAUAUCGAACUGUCUGUGGGAACUCCAUCAACACCAUUAACUGCAGCAGUCUCAUCAUUAGUAGCUGGAUCAACAUCAUUAACUGCAGCAGUCUCGUCAUUAGUAGCUGGAUCAACACCAUUAACUGCAGCAGUCUCAUCAUUAGUAGCUGGAUCAACAUCAUUAACUGCAGCAGUCUCGUCAUUAGUAGCUGGAUCAACACCAUUAACUGCAGCAGUCUCAUCAUUAGUAGCUGGAUCAACAUCAUUAACUGCAGCAGUCUCGUCAUUAGUAGCUGGAUCAACACCAUUAACUGCAGCAGUCUCAUCAUUAGUAGCUUGGUCGACACCAUUACCAUUCAU